AGGGGUCCUUUUUUACAGUGUUACGCGAUAAACUCAAUGAGUUACGCAUACAACUGUAUUACUCUUCUACACGUGUUGAGCACUUUUCUAAACACAAUAAUACGGCAAGCUAUCUACUUCGUUAUUGUGAUUUUCACUUAGUCUUAUUCUGACAAGUUGACAACUUAUCAAGGUCGUUCGUGCGUGUGCGUUGGCUGGGUUGAAAUAUUCUGAAAGUUGUAAGAUAUGUAGAAUUGGUAUUUUCUGUAUUUGCAAACACUUGCAAGAUGAGCACGACAGGUGUGUGCCCGUACUGUGGCAAAACAUUCAAAAGACUGAAAGGCCACCUGCCCCACUGCAAGGCCAAAGAGCUCUCUGAACCAUCGCAAACCCAACAUGACCGCACUGCGAGCAAGGAAACAUUGUCCAAACCUCCUACGUCUUCUACGGCAACUUCAUUUUCAUCAGAUAAAGCAACAAAGAGCACGCCCAGCAAGGAGUCGCCGACGAAGUCUCUCCUGUCGACAAAGAAUGAUAAAGAUUCAAGGUUGGAUUCUUUGCCUCCAUCAACACCAUUGAAGACUGAAUAUAACCAAUCACUUUUGCUGAUGCCAUCGCCAGUCAGGUCGCCAGCACCAUCCGUUUCACAGCCAACGUCAUCCAAGAAGAAGACACAGAGUCUGGCUCAUCAGAACAAGAUGGCUACCUUAACCUCUUCUAUCUCCCCAUCUGCUCCCUUGCCCUCUCCUUCCAAACCGAGCAACACUUCCAGUGCUCUGAAACAGACUGCCACGUCUAAACAGGUUACAAAGGGGCCACUGAAGCAAGCACAAUCCAAACCCCAACCUAUCCAAUCAGACCAGCCCCCUGCUGCAUUUCGGCCAUUAGCAGACACCGUCAACUCUGCAGCGUUGUUAUCAACCAGGAGGCAAGAAGCUGGAGAAAAACAUCCAGCUCGUCUUGCUCCUGAAACCCAUCUCGGAGGUGCCUCAAAAACGAAGGAGAUGAGCAGCCGAUCGCCUCUGACAACUCAAAUGUCCGGCCCCUCCAAUGAGAGAAUCCCGUUGGAUGGUGUCCCGGGAACCGCUCAGAGCCCCACCGAGUUUUGGGAGGAUGGGGGACUACAGAAUGUAGAUAGAGCCCAUAGCAGGGCAACUGUCCAGAAUGUGAAGGACACCUUGAGGAGAUCAAAGGGCAUCGGCCAGCCAGGGAAGCUGAGCUUACUGGACCAUAUCCAAAGCUCUUUGACGACCAGGGACUGGCAACCUGUUGAAACUAAAGUCAGAGGCCCACUUGAUGCGAGUCAAGAUCAGACUGGUAUUCAGGCACCGCUUGGAAAUGCAAAUGGCAUUGGGCCGUUGUUAACAUCCACUUCUCCAUCAAACCAGUUACCCGACACCAGUCCUCAAGGGAGGCAACGGUCGCCUGUUGAAAGACUCGCUGAAUUUCCCCCUGAAAAGGAGGUCUUUAUACCGGCCGGAACCACCUACCUGUCACCACCUGCCCUCCAGGGCCCCGCCCUGCAGUCCUCUCCGCCGAGUACAGCGGGUCUGAUUCAGCGGUACGAGAUGGCACUCCUCCCCACCUCUUCAUCAGUAACCCGGCCCGCGGAAGCAACGCAAGCACGUGCUAAUUCCUCGUCCCCGACUCAGUGUCCGUCCGGCCCCCUGAACCUCUCUGUUGACAAGGAGUCAGGGGGAGUGACGGGCAGAAUUAGAACAAAGGACCCAGAAGUCAUCAUCAGAAAUUUGAAAUUGAAGAAUGCAAUUGAGGGUAACCUGGCCGGCCGCCGACUGGGACAGGUGCGCCUGGGUGAGUUGCCCUUGUGGCUGGCCAUCAACGCCCCCAGCCGGCCCCGGGGAGCGGUGGGAGCCCUGCACAGAGGGUGGCUGCGGUACUACCGGAGGUACAUUGAUGUGAGGAAAGGCGGGAUUGGAGGAGUGAGCAUGCUGCUGGCCGGCUACUGUGUCCUCAGCUACGCGUGGAGUUACCCCCAUAUAAAGAGUGACCGUUGGAGGAAGUAUCAUUAAUCUGGGCCAAGUGUUUGAAGAAGUAGUGUGGCUGGAGGGAAGUGAAGCUAGAUACCGUUACUAUACACUGCGCCCGCUGAGAUGGUCAUAACAAAGUGUGCAGAAUUUGGGUUUUUGUUUUUUCAAAAGGAACUUUGAUGAAGAAGCUAUGCAAAAAGCCAUUUAUCCAUGUCUUGUUAGUUAAUUCUUUAUGAAAUAGACACUUGAACUGUUUGUUGCGUUCAACGUUGCUCUCUGUAAGGACCACUAGGUGUCACCGUUGGAUGUGUUUUACUAAAACCAAAGAGCUUGUCGAAUUUCCUUCCUACAUUUCUUUAUAAAUGGGCAAAAAGUAACUGCCCAAAGUUGGAAAUGGCAUAUGAAAUCUAUUUAUUUUAUGAAAUUACUACAAUGACAAUAACAUGAUGAAUAAAGCUAGUUUAAAAUGCUUGAAAAGAAA